AUGGCGCAAGUCUGUCGUGCUCUCAACCUUUCAGACGAGACACCAUGUCGAGGUGAGGCCACGCAUGCCAAUGGCCUUUUCUGUGGCUAUCAUGCCCGUCAAUGCAUGGGCAUGUAUAUGGGAUACAAGAAGCGAAAUGCCCAGUUGACCACUCUCGAUGCAACUCCACCAGACUACCUUGCUAAAUCGCAGACUUCCCUACGUAACGAGACGUUCGCUUCCGUCCAGGAUGAGAAGACGCUCAACAGCCUCUAUCAUUACCUGUUCAAGAAGCACAACCUAUUGGACCGCGUCAUUCGCGCGAGGAGACUUCAUCAUGCACAUUUCUACUCCCAGACGCUGGACUAUGGCCACAAGCAUUACAUUGACAGACUGGUAAACGACAAAGGCACUACCCUUCGCGCAUUACAACGACUUCAACGAAGAACGGCAGAAGUUCUGUACGAGCAGCAGAAAUGGUUCAGUUGGGUACGCCAGCGUCAGGAUGAUGAGGAAAACACGCGAGACAAUGAGGGCAAGAAGGUCAAGAAGGAGGCUUUACUUUUCAAGCGGCAUAUGAAGGUAGUAGAUGCCAGGCUCGAGAAGAAGAGGCAUCUAGAGGAACAGCGAAAACAAGAUGCGUACCUGGACAAGGCGUAUGAAGAGCGUCUGAGACAGGCCAAUCACAAUGAUCUGGAGUUCGAUCCAAUCGAGGACACUAUCGAAGACGAACGCGAGGACUAUGUCGACCUGAUGAGACGCUUGAUGUGGCUGGCAUCUGCCACGCAGGAUCUUGAGAGAGCUUCGGAGUCCCAGUCGCCUAUGUCCAGGGACAAGACGCACAAAGUCAAGCCGUCGGAGAAAGAGAACAUCGAUCCCAAAGCCGCCGCUCUCUCGAAAAGCAAUACACCAGGUAGCGCGCUGACGAGAAACGCAAAGAAGAGAGCGAAGGCCAAAGCCAAAGCCGACGCCCGUGAAGAAGAGGAGAACACACCCACAGUUGAAGUCAAUGAGACGCGGCAAGAAAUGCAUGAUCGCUUGGUCAUCGGACAAAACGUCGACGAAACCAUGUUUGAUGGUCUCAGGCUUGCGGGCACCAUGGAUCGGCCAGCUGAACUUGUGGGAAAGAUCCCAGGCAUGCCAGCAGAUGAAGUCGAGCAGCUGCUUGACGACAUUGCGGAGAUCAAAGAAUUGCUUCUGUGUCGACUACUUAUCUCGCAAGCUGCGUUGCUUCCUGCUGCUCUGCGAGCCAAGAGCGUGGAUGAGUUCCUCGCAGAUCCAGAGAUCACCACCAAUGAGCUUCGAGAUCUUUGUCUUCGCGUGGAACAGCCUGCUCUGCAGGAGAUUCGAGACGCUUGCGCGGAUUUUGCUCGUGGAGAUGCGGAGGAUAGUGAUAGUGAUGACGAAGAUCACACGAAGGAUGAGCAGGACGCCUUCGACAAGACAACAAGCAACAGGAAAGCGUCAGGAUUCACUGGAAUGUUGCACCAAACCUUUCUACCAGAGAAGUGGAGCUCGAAGCGUGAGGAGCUUAACCAGCUCGGUAGCCACAGACAGAAGAGCGUCGACGGUGGGCAACAUGCAAUCGACUUUGGUGACCUUGACGAUGACUGCCAAUUCAAAAACAAGAGAAUCCGGCUCCGUGUCUGUGGGAAGACAAUCUGGAACUAUCCCUCAGAUAAGGCAAUGGCCCGUGGUGGGUGGCUACAUUACUCCAUCAUCGCCAAAGGCACUGGUUUUGAAGAUGCCAUUGGCUUGUGCCGCAACUGGCAGGAGUUCUGGGAGCUGAACGUGCUGGCGCUCUUUCAGUACUUUCCGUCGGCAACCUGGGGACGUUGGGAGCGUGACCAGAUGACUCGAAAACUGCUACAGCUGGGACUGAUUCCUUAUAGCGAGUUCAACGCCGCGGACGAGAUCACCAAGCGCUGGCAACAACGUGGUCGCGGGCGCGGCCAGACGCAACACGCUGUAUCGGAGGCCAAGAACUUCAUUUGUGCUCACAUGAAGCGAAACGAUCCUGUGAGCCGGCGUUUCGUGCAAUACUUGUCGAUGAUGAGCAACUACGUGUGUAUCCUGGUAAGGGAUGGCAAGACGGGGCGAAUCCUGAUCCAACCUCCAAAGGAACACUCAUGGCUGGUCAGAAAGAAGUCUGGAAUCGGACGUGCAAGCAAAAACGAAUGGGACGUCAUUGCUGAGGUGGGAGAGCACAUGUUCGAGCGUUUAGAAAACGUUCGAGCUUAUGGGAGUCACGCAUUCGGUUUCAACUCUUACUACGACAUCACGAUUUGGGAUCUAGAGCCGGGGCAACCAUUCCCAUAUCUCUACGACACCAUCCACACCGCAUUGGCGAAAGCCCAUCGCGUUUGUACCGGCCGCGACUUUUACAAUCCUGUCGCUUCUAUCAUCAAGACUCUACACCGAGACAAGACCUCAGGGCGGGCCAGGGACGUCAAGGCCGGCGAGAAUUCCAUCUACGAUGAUCUACACUCGAGCGAUUUCCGUGUCGUGUCUGGCGAUGCGCUGAAAGGCUGGCAGACUCUCACAGAGCAAUUCCCGAAGGACGUCCUCUACAAUGAGCGGGACGCGGCCGAAGACCUUGUCCUUUUCCCGGAAGAAAGGCAAGGCCAGAUGGCUACCGCUAUCAAGGGCUUCGACGAUCCAAUCACUCUCGUCAUUGAAAGCCAACCUGACAUCAAGAGGUUUGCCUACGACCUGGAUACGGACGACGAUCUCGACGAGAUCGAGGCCUCGCAGAAACGCAAGAGGCCAGCGCAGAGGCUGUUGUCUUACUUGAAUCCCGAGCAAGCUGCACAAUUUGAGGACAACGUGCCAGAACACAUACCGCCGUGUCCUGAUCCUGAGAAUCCUGAUUGCAGUUGCGAGGAAUGUAUGUGGUACGACGAGAAUGAAGUUGAAGAUGAUGAGGAAGAAGGCGAGGUAGAAGAUCGUGCGAUGGAUGUGCUUUCUGCUGUCCCGGCGGAAACCGAGGAAAUGAUUAGACUUAUGGACUUGACCAUGGCAAAGGAUCCUCACGAUGACGAAGAUCUUCGUGGUCAGUUCGGCAGUUUCCUGGACCGGGAGGCGGCAAAUACCUUUCGGCAGCAGUGGCACGAAGCGGAUCUUGUCCCCGGCUCGAAGGAGCGAUGGGUGUCAACGUUGAGUGUUUUGAAGGAGGCUAGGAAGUUGCAGCAACCGUUCAGCGUGCCCUUGCUCAUUGAGCUCCUGAAGAUGGAAUUGUGGCUGGAUUACUACAAGUCGGCGCACCGGCUCGUAUGGCGAGACAUGGCCGACGCACUUACUCUUGCCUCGCUUUCAUUUCCUUGGAGUGCGCAAACCCAGCAGAUUCGUGCUGGCUUGGGCCCUGAAAAGCUCUCGCUUUUGGACGACUUGACCGACAACGCUCAAAAAGCCCGUGGUGAGCCUUACUCGAGAUCAUACAACGGCUGCGAUGCCAGACCCAACGAGUUUUGGAACGAGGCACAGCGGCAGCUUCAGGCCAACGAAUGUAGAAUCCCCCCGGCUUGGGAUUUGGUCGCUCGACCAGUGAUUGCAGCUUGGCUCAGAGCUGGCAUGAUUGGUCCUGCCUAUGCACCCGACGGAUCAGGGUAUGUGUUCCUCGUAAAAGAAGACGGCAAAGAUGAUCCAAACAUCUUCAUCAACUACCGCACCCUUCCCGAUCCUCCAGAUGGACCUCUUGAUACAGAGUUUCGGAAGAUCGACUUGCUCGCAUGCGCCAGCACGUUUGCGGCCAAAUACGAAGGCUCUCGAUUCGCUUUGUUGAGAUUGUGGUCUCACUCGCACUUCUGGCAACUCCAAGUCGCUGGGCCCAACAGGGAACAUCUGGCUUUCUCGGAUACGAUGGGUCGAUGUUGGCACUUACGAUUCAUUCCCAAGGAUAUGCCGUUGAGUGAUUACAGCCUGCAGGCCACGGUCGAAGAGAGGACGGAGCGAUUCCAGAAGCAAUUCGCUGGAAAGGUCGUGUUCAAGCGAGACAUGGCAUUGGUCAUGGGGGAAUCCGAGGAAGAUUUGCGGUGGUACACGGCUGCGGUGAUAUUCGCGCUUACCACGCGGCCUUGGAAGUUUGAGGUGGAUAUGUGGAAGAGCUUUGUCAAUGUUGACUUGGGGUUCUUGGAGGCGUUGGACAAGAAAUGGUUGGAUUAG